AUGUUGUCCAAUCACGUUUUCAACCUCUAUCAACCCGUAAACACCGAUGAAUCUAUAGUAAAAAUCGAAAGUCGAACCUAUUUGCCAUUCGUUAAAUCCUUCAAUCAUUCCGAUGUCAUUGAAAUCACGAUAAAUCGAACAGACUGUUGGCUUUUGAUGCAUGAUGCUGCUAUCAUUAUCAAAGGAAAAGUACAGAAAACAAAAGGCAAUGGAGAUGUUAAACUAGUUCAAAAUGCUGGAGCAUUUCUCUUCGAUUCAAUUAUUUAUGAACUCUGCGGUAUGGAGAUAGAGAAUGUUCGAGAUCCAGGUAUUAUAUCAACAAUGCGAGGAUACCUAAUUUAUGAGGAGGAUGAUUCAAAACUACUCGAAACGGGAGGAUGGAACUACCCGAAAACACCAACUGUGAACACAGAUGGAAGUUUUAUAUUCAGAAUACCAGUCCACCAUUUAUUCAACUUUUUCAAAGAUUACCAAAUGGCUAUGUGUGGUAAGCAAACGUUCCGAUUCUUCAGAGCACAAAGUGAUCAUAAUGCGAUAAAAAUAACAUCGUCGGAUCCUAAGGAUCAUACAGAAGCAAAAAUCACCAUUGAUAGUAUGGAAUUGAAGGUGAAACAUAUUUAUCCGAAUGAUAUUAUCAAGAUGGAUUUAUUGAAUGCUAUAAGGUCUAAUAAACCUAUAUUAAUGCCAUUCAGGAAGUGGGAGAUUCAUGAAUUACCAUCAUUACCAUAUGGGGGUAAUAAGGAGAUUUGGGCUGUUAAAACAUCUACAGAAAUCGAGUGUCCAAGAUUCAUAAUUUGUGGGUUUCAAACUGAUAAGAAAAAUAAAAGUUCUGAGGACAUAACUGAAUUCAAUCAUAUAAAUAUAACAGAUAUUCGAGCAUUAUUGAAUUCGGACAUCAUUCCGCAAGAAAAUUUACGUUUGAAUUUCGAUAAGAAUGAAUAUGCUGAAGCUUAUCAGAAUUACACUCAAUUUGCUCAGAGUUAUGGAAUUUUCAAGAAAUCCCCACUCCUGACCUUCAGCGAAUUCAAAGAAAAGCCUGUUUUUGUACUGGACUGUUCCAGAAGAGAUCAGACGUUCAAAGCUACAACAAUUGAUGUGAAACUAGAAAUAGAGUCCUCGAAGGGAUUUCCAAAUAAUACAAGAGUUUUAUGUAUUAUAGUACAUGACUGCAUUAUAGAAUUUAAACCUCUAACAGAAGAAAUUAAAAAAAUUACUAAUUUCUAA